CCAACAAAGGCCCGGAGACGUGACAGAGACAAUGUGUUAGUGGGUAAACGGAAAAGAAUCCAGAAAGACAAACUGCUCCUUCCUCACAUUUCAACUAGGAAGGAAAUAAAGCAUUUCUGUGAGGUAAUUUCUUUGAAUUUCUUUUGGUACCUUGCUCUGAGGUCCCUGGUUCUCCUCUGGACAGGUAGAAGGCAUUCAGUAAAUGUUUAUCGUGCUUCCCCCCAUUUCCUUCUCCCUCUGGAGCAAUACUCUACUGAGUGUAUAAAUUCUGCUACAGUUUGUGUGCAUGUUUUUAAGAGUUGCCUUUGGCCUUACCUCAUUGUGGUCAAGAUCAAGAGUCACCAGUGAGACCGGAAGUGGCUGGUAUGCAGCAGGAGCUCAAAUGCCCAGAGAUGGAGAGGGCUGUGGGGGCUGGGGAGGACUCCUAAAGCGCCUGCUGCCUUUCUGUUGUAAUAUUAAGUCCCCGCCCACUUGACACUGGACUGAACCCUGCGUAGUUGCGGGAUGAUGCUGUGCAAACCCCUGACGGUGGCCGGGUAUACAGCAGGUACUCACUACCCACCAGCUGGACUGGAUCUAGGUCUUGAGUGAUCAGACCUCAUAAGCCUCUCUGACCUUUGAAACAGGACAGGGAAGGACGUGGCCCCCAAUCCUGCUUUGCCUGGUCAGCAUGUGCUAGGUGACCCUGGGUCUCAGGUUCUAAAGCCCAGAGUCAGCUGAACAUGGUGGGAUGGGAUUUUUGCGGGGUUGAGAGCACAGGCUUGGGAACCAAACAGACUUUGGGUCAAAUCCCAGCUCCCCCAUCUCUAAAAUGGGGAUAAUAAUACCUUUGUGACAUCUUUCUCGUCCUGAGAGUGCUGAGUGGCACAUGUCCGUGCCUCCUCUCAGCCCUCAGCCCUCCUCACCCUCUGUGCCCUGCAGCGUGUUCCAAAGAGCAGCCAUGUCCACCCUGUACCCAUCUCUGGAGGACCUGAAGGUGGACCAAGCCAUGCAGGCGGAGGCCAGAGCCGUACCCAGGAUGCCCGCCCUGCCGGGGCAGGGAACAGACUCCCAGCCUUCAGUUUUGUACCCAAACCUGGCGGAAUUAGAAGGUUAUAUUGGUCUUUCGUUCUCCAGCCACGAAGUCCAGCAGAACCUGCCUCAGAUUCCAGAAGGUGCCAGUGCAGCGGUCUCGGGCCCCUCACCGGACCAGGUGGUGGCGCCGGUGUCCGGGAACAGCUUGGGCGUGCUGCCUGGGGAGGUCAAGCCCGGGGUGCGCGAGAUCCACCUGUGCAAGGACGAGCGCGGCAAGACGGGGCUGCGGCUGCGGGCCAUCGACAAGGGGCUCUUUGGGCAGCUGGUCCAGCCCAACACCCCCGCGUCCCUGGUGGGGCUGCGCUUUGGGGACCAGAUCCUGCAGAUUGAUGGACACAACUGUGUCGGGUGGAGCACAGACAAAGCCCACCGGGUGGUGAAGAAGGCGUCGGCUGAGAAAAUUGUCAUGGUUGUCCGGGACAGGCCAUUCCAGAGGACCGUCACCAUGCACAAGGACAGCACAGGCCAUAUCGGCUUCGUCAUCAAGAAGGGGAAGAUCAUCUCUUUGGUCAAAGGGAGUUCUGCGGCCCGCAACGGGCUCCUCAUCAACCACUACGUGUGCGAGGUGAACGGGCAGAACGUCAUUGGGCUGAAGGACAAAGAAGUCACGGAGAUUCUGGCCACAGCCGGGAACGUCAUCAACCUGGCCAUCAUGCCCACUGUGAUCUAUGCGCACAUGGUCAGAAAGUUGUCCCCAGCCCUGCUCCACCACACCAUGGACCACUCCAUCCCUGACAUCUGAAGCCACGGGAGAGCAGCUCAGCCCUCUCACCCUCCAGCAGGAAAGGGAGAGUCCUCAGGGGACAGACUGUGGAGGCCUCUGCCUGGGGGCGGGGCUGUCUCGAGGCGGGCGUGUUCUGGGUGGGGCAACAUUGGAUCACAUGGGCCUGUCCUUUAUACACACUGGCCUCCUUGCAGCCUCAGCCUCUUAACUGGGCUAAGGCAGGGGCAGGGCCCACAGGCAGUGAUUCUCUGAGCCGAUUUAAAUGCUGGGCACGUAGGCAGGCCGACUAAACACUUCCUAAAGUUGCAGCUGGGUCCCUUUCAAACUUUUGCCUCUACCAGUAAAACAUUUCCACGGUUUGAGAGAACAAAUACAUUUUUUUGGGAGAAUUGUUUCUUUUUCCUUUAGUUGUUCUUUGUCACAAACUGUAUUUAGUUAUAACCCGUCACUGUCUUUGAAUAAAGAUUUGAUUUUACAUAAAA